AUGGGGGGUUUUCAGAGUGAUGUCGAAGUGUUAGCGCUAAUCGCGGACAUAUUCCUCCACAAGUGGGAAAACACUGCGUCUCGCAAACGACACACCACAUUUGACCGCAACGUCAUCCUCGAUGAGGCAGCCGGAGGCGACUGCUCCAGCCUCAAGGGUAUCACGUUCGAGAAUUGGUCCAAGACAUUUAGUUGCAAGCCUGAGUACUUCUUCGAACCCAAAAAUCAGGAUGAGCUACUCGAGGUCUUGGAUUUCGCCCGACAACGCGGCAAGAAAGUUCGAGUGGUUGGUGCCGGCUUCUCGCCGUCGGACAUCGCAUGCACGCCGGAAGUGAUGGUCAGCAUGUUGCAGCUCAACAAAGUCCUGAAGGUGGAUGAGGUGACUGCAACCGUGAAGGCUGAAGCUGGCGUCACAUUAAAAAGACUGAAUGAAGUGGAGCUCGCUCAAAAUGGCCUUGCUCUUAUGAGUCUAGCUGCUCUUUCUGACAUAACUGUUGGUGGGGCCAUUGCCACUGGUGUCCAUGGUUCUGGCAUCCACCAUGGGAUAUUUUCAACACAGGUUCUGGAGCUUGAGCUCAUCACAAGCAAUGGCGAGAGGCUCCGCUGCUCAAAGUCGGAGAAUGAAGAAGUCUUUCGAGCAGCCUGUUGUGGCUUGGGCUCGAUCGGCAUUGUCGUUACAGCUACAGUGCAGUGUGUCCCAGCUUUCAGACUGCUAGAGACGCGAUACUCACGUCCCUUGCAGGAGGUUCUAGAAAAUUUGGAUGUGCAUCUGCAGAGUUCAGAGCAUUUUCGUUGCUUGUGGUAUCCACACACGGACUCUGCGGUAUGCUUUCAUUUGGCAAGCACAAAGGACGAGAUAACAAAGCCAUCAUUUCGCGAAGCUCUCUACUACUGGUUUGUGGAUUAUGCCUUUGGGUACUAUGUCAUGGAGUUUCUACUCUAUCUUAGUACAUGGUUUCCUUCCUGGGUUCCAUGGCUCAAUGAGCUGUUCCUCAACAUAGUCUUUGCACCACAACGCCGAAGGGUGGAUUUGAGUUACCGUGUAUUCAACUAUGAAUGCAGAUUCAAGCAACAUGUCAAUGAAUGGUCCAUUCCAAGAGAGAACACUGCCCUCGCACUGUAACUGAAGGAGUGGAUCGACAACACUCCAGGUGUUUACGUGCACAUACCUGUGGAAGUUCGUUUUGUCCAAGCCGACGACAUUUACCUGAGCCCUGCUUCUGGUCGGGACAGCUGCUACAUCAACGUCAUCAUGUACAGGCCUUAUGGAAAAAAAGUGCCUUAUGAGCAUUAUUGGGCUGUCUAUGAGAAAAUCAUGAAAAGUCUUGGUGGUCGACCUCACUGGGCUAAGGAUUACGAUGCAACUUCAAAGGAGCUCCGAGGGAUGUACCCUAACUUCACUAAGUGGUGUGCCAUUCGCGAGAAGUUGGACCCCCAAGGCAUGUUCUUGAAUCCUUACAUGGAAAGAGUCCUGGGCUCAUGAAAGUAGUGUUGGGGCCACGUGAUGGACAUUCAGUGACCUUGAUACUAGGAUGAUCGUCGAUGUUUCUCUUUGUUAAGCAGUAGACCGUAUAGUUGUGGCACGCGGAAGAAGCUGUGUACGGGUGAUUUGUGUAAUAAUAAAAAGAAGCACCGUGAA